CGGAAGCCGAUAAUGCCUGUGUUCAGGUUAUCGUAUAAUAAAAUACUUCUUAAAGAUUCUGAUGGGAGACGGUGUUGAUCUGAACAACCCUACUGUCCAAAAAGCUUCUCUUCAGGGUGAUGUGAGCGAUAUUAAUCCUAAUCAUGAGGUUGAUUUGCCGGUUAACACUUCAGUUAUCAGCAACGAUGGCACAAACCUAGAGUCCGGUGUAAGCAAGAAUUCCAUCUCUUCCCCAGGAGAGGAGGCGAAAUCUGAAUCUCAUGAGGCAGGUCAAAUGGGAAGUGAACCUAUUCUGGCUGAUGUUCCAUCGCAGAGUAACGUUGUUGGGAAUCCUGGAGAAAGAAGGAGUAAAAGGCUUAGGACCAUAUCUUCCAAGUUAGACGGGCGGUUUCAGUUUGACAACAAAGACGUCAGGAAAAAACCAUUGUCUAACAAGGUUAUAGAUGCGCUUUUGAAGUUUAGCAGGCACAUUCUUAGAACUGACGACGUCGAUGAAGAGUUGCUUAAUACCAAUUUUAUCUCUCAUUUGUGUCGACUAUUUCCAAAGUUUUCCAAAGCUCCUGUCCCUGAGGAUUUUCAGUUCCCCAAAGCUUUGAUUGAUGCUGUUUCUGGUGUCGGAGAGUUGGACCGUGCUCAGCUUUAUAAUAUUUAGUUUAUAAAAUUAAAACUUUUUA